UUCCAUCAUUCCUCCAGGACCAGCUUAGAGGUGUUUUAAAUUCCGUGCAGACCAAGAUUUACAUGCAGGCUAGAUAUCCAAACGGCUCAAAACUGCGUCUAGCGAAAUUGGCUGAGAUAUAUGCAGGCUACCAAACAUCUUUGUACGGUAUGUGUAAUCUUAAGUGGAUCCGACGGUGGGGAGGCGAUCAGGCGUUGCCUCUGCCCAGCCGACGUUUUUAUUUUUGAGUUGACUGCCCAGCCGACGUUGGCCCCUGCUUUUGCUCAUGUGUGUGGUUCAAGUCCAACCUGGGCCGGCGAAGAACUGUAAAAAAAAGGGUCCAAACCCCAAAGACGAAAAGGCUGCAGCAAACCUCCACCUCGAUCCUCCCGCAGAAGCGAAAGAUCGCCAUUAACCGCCCGCUGCCGCUAUUGAUCAAAUUCACAAGCACACCGGCUGACGCUUCGAGUCGAAGGCUUGCAACCGCCUCCUCCUCGCCCUCCAAGCCCCCCUUAAGAUUCCUCGCCAGUCGCCACCGCCGCUUGCUUGCUCCCUCCGACUGCUCGACCUCCUGAAGCGCGUGAGCGGGGCUCCAGUCCAGCACCAUGCCGCGCUGCUAGCCCUCGAGACCUCCUUCAUCGCGGCUGCCGCCCGCCUGCUCCGCUGCUCGUGCGUGAGGGGGAAGGGAAAGGCCAAGGCGUGUGGGCGGCCCCCCGGCGCGACGAUGCCGGGGCCGGGCGCGCGCGACGACGCGGGGGAGAUGGAUUUGGGCGACAUCGUGCUCUCCUGGUCCAUCCAGGACAUCAUCAACGACGACCUCUACCGAGGGCAGGUUGAGGCUAUUCCUUGCAGCUUCACGUCACUUGAUCACUAUCUCAAAUCGUAUCGCGCACCUUUGAUUGAAGAGACAAGGUCACAUCUGUGCUCAUGCCUUGAACUCAUCAUGGAAGGACCCUCUUCGAAAAUAAUCUCUAUGGAGGUAACGGAGAAACCGGAAGUGUACUAUAUGGAUGUGGACUUUUGGGAUUAUGGGGCUGUUUAUUCUACGGAGGCUCAUACCGUAAGGAAUGGUGACGUAUUUAUUUUGUCUAGCAUGAAACCUGAAGGUGCGGGGGACUUCAACCGCUACGGCGUGACGUAUUACUUGGCAAUGGUUACUGAUGUUUGUAUGGAUGAUGAUGAUGAGUGCCAGAAGCGUUUCAAAAUUAAGGUCGCAAAAGAUGUUGGUUUGGAAGAAGACUUACAGAAACUCAGAUAUGCAAUAUUUCUCGGUAAUAUCAUAACAAAUAUGUGGAUAUGGAAAACACUGAGCUUUGACAAGCACAUGAAUAACAAUUUCACAGUGAUCGAGAAUCUCUUAGCCCCCACAAAUUCGGGUGGUGAUGUCUGUCAUAUCUGUGCUAAACAUGAUGGGGAACAUUUGGCUUGUUUCACAGAGCAACUGCUACCGAUGAAUCUUAAUAGAUCGCAAAUGGAUGCUAUUGAAUCUGUCAUCUCAGCUGUAAGAUGUAGGCAUAUGAACCUCAUGAAGCUUAUACAGGGUCCACCAGGUACUGGAAAGACCCACACUGUUAGUGCUUUACUGUGGGCUUUGGCUUCUAUGAAAUGCAGAACUCUAACAUGUGCUCCCACAAAUGUUGCUGUAAUUGGGGUUUGCACAUGUUUCCUUCAAAACUUGAAGGAAUUCAACAACGUCGACGAAAAUGGUCUACCCUUUUCCCUUGGAGAUGUCUUGCUAUUUGGGAACAAGUAUAAAAUGGACAUAACUGGAGAUCUUCAGGAAGUUUUCUUGGAUUUUCGUGUGAGUGAACUUGUUGAGUGCUUUUCAUCAUCGUCUGGAUGGAGCUGCAAACUAGCUUCAAUGAUAUCUUUUUUUGAAGACUGUGGUUCUCAGUAUGAUAGGCUUCUUCAGGAUGAUGGAAGUAGUGAUCCUGUGUGCAAUCUGGACUUCCUAAAGGAGCAAUUCAGUGCGACAGCAAUAGCUCUUAGAAGUUGUAUGAAUAAAUUGUUGAUUCACCUCCCUGGAAGGUUCUUUUCCCAUGAUAAUAUCAGCAAUAUAUCCACAUUGUUCAAUAUGCUAGAAAAAUUUGACGCCCUUCUGUGUGGUGUUGAUUUAACCGGCAAGAGCUUAAGAAGUUGUCUCUUAAGCGACAACUCAGUUUGUGUGCAGCCUACAUCUUUUACUGAGAAGGAACUGGAUGGAAUAAGGUCCACAUGCCUUAAAUUGCUGAAGGAUCUUCAACACUCGCUUAAUUUACCUAUUGGAGUAGGCAAAAACUGGCUCCAGCGCUACUGCAUGCGUAAUGCUGUGCUUCUUUUCUGUACUACCUCUAGUUCUUAUCGCUUGCAUCAUAUGGAGAUUGAACCCCUCGAUGUGUUAAUUGUCGAUGAGGCUUCACAAGUGCGAGAAUGUGAAUUGGUAAUCCCACUACGUCUGCAUCAGUUGAAACAUGUUGUUUUGCUAGGAGAUGACUGCCAGCUGAAUGCAAUGGUUAAAAGCCAGAUAUGCAAAGAAGCUGGAUUCGGAACAAGUCUUUUUGAGAGAUUGGUUAUGCUGAAUUUCGAAAAGCAUUUGCUGAAUAUACAGUACCGAAUGGAUACUUGUAUCAGCUCAUUUCCAAUUGCUCAGUUUUAUGAGAGGAAGAUUUUAGAUGGUCCAAAUGUCUUGUCUCCUUCCUAUAAUAAGGAUUACACAAGCCUCCCUUUUGGCAGCUACACUUUUAUAAAUGUCACUGAUGGAAGGGAAGACAAAGGUGGCACUGAAAACAGUUGGACAAACAUGGCUGAAGUUGCUGUUGUUUUGUAUCUUAUCGAAAACAUCUUUAAAUCCUGGAAAGGGUCAGGCCAAGGGAUCAGUGUCGGUGUGGUCUCUCCAUAUAGCUGUCAAGUUGGUGUAAUUAAAGAUAGACUCCGCGACAAAUACGAAACAUGUGAUGGAUUUCAUGUGAGGGUCAAGUCCAUUGAUGGUUUCCAAGGCGAAGAGGACGAUAUAAUCAUACUAUCAACUGUCAGGUCCAAUGAGAGUGGAGGUCUUGGAUUUCUUGCUGAUAACCGAAGAACAAAUGUUGCUCUUACUAGAGCAAGGCACUGCCUUUGGAUUGUUGGGAAUGCUACUACAUUAUAUAAAAGUGGGACUGUCUGGAAAAACCUUGUUCAUGAUGCGAGAAGCCGUAACUGCAUUAUUAAUGCCAAUAAUGACGCAACCAUGUGCAAAUUGAUAUUGCACGUAAAGCAAGAACUUGAUGAACUUGACGAUCUUCUCAAUGCUGACUCAGCAAUUUUCAGCAAUACUAGAUGGAAGUUUUUGUCCCUAGGUAAGUGGUUUUAGCCAAGUAAUAUGUCACAUCAACAACUUUUGCCAUGGCAUGUUGACCUGGCUGGAGUGAGUGACAGACCUGACCGUGCCGCCCAAGCACCAGAUAGUUUGGCCCUGCGUCAGCACAAAACCAGAUU